GUCGUCAACGUCUACGUUUACGUCAAUGGCAGAUGCCUCCUGGUAACAACAGUCGUCCAGCCACGAACUGUUUUCCUCACCUACUGCUGAAGAGCAGCUGUUGGGAUGCCAAAGAAGUUCCAGGGUGAGAACUCAAAGGCGGCCACAGCCAAAGCCCGUAAGGCUGAGGCCAAGGCGGUGGCAGACGCCCGCAAAAAGCAAGAAGAGGAGGAUGCUCUGUGGCAGGAAACUGACAAACAUGUACUGAAAAAGGGGCAAAGAAAGGAUGAUAAGGAGAAAAAGAGGCUGGAUCUGCUGGAGAGGAAAAAGGAAAACCAACGACUUCUCGAUGAGGAGGCUGCCACACUAAAAGGCAGAGCCCAAAAGGAGGCUGCAGCUGGUGGAAAGGUGACUCGUGCCCAGAUUGAGAACAUGCUUCAGGAUGAGCAGCAGGAACAGCUCAACCCACAAGAAAAGAGCCAUUUGGAGACUCCACUGGAGGAAAAUGUGAACAGAAUUAUCCCAGAUGAAGGAUCAGUGGAAGCUAGAACAAUAGAAGAUGCCAUUGCUGUGCUGAGCACGGGGCCCGAUGACCUGGACCGCCACCCAGAGCGGAGGAUGAAAGCAGCAUUUGUUGCGUAUGAAGAGGCCAACAUGCCUCGUCUAAAAAACGAAAAUCCCAACAUGAGACUGUCGCAGCUGAAGCAACAGUUGAAGAAGGAGUGGAUGAAAUCACCGGAGAACCCCCUGAACCAGCGCUUUGCCACAUACAACUCAAAGUGAAGGCACUCUUUGCAUAGUAACGCCAUUAGAAAACUGUGCACAUUGAAUAAUUGAAUAAUGCUAUCUAAAAAUGAGUGUUGCUGAAGGGAACUUUGAAGUACCAGAAGACUGAUGUGCCAUUCACUUUCAAGAAAAGGCCCCCCCACACCACCUAUCAGUGUCACAAUUGAUCUGUGCUCAUGGCUACUAAUAAGGCAUCUUAUCAUCUAACAAAUGAAAUUCCAUGUCUUUUUUUGUACUCCUGGAAAGGUAGGGAAUCUGAUGUUUUUGACAGUAACUUAUUAAAGUUACUUAUUAAAGCAUCAACAAUC